AUGCAAUGGACACGACACACCUGUCGCAAGGCGGAGAGCCAGGAGAACAUUGGGGGCGGCCAGUUGGCUCGCUUGUCUUCGUAUGGAGGCGACCGCGAUGCUAAGCUGCUAGCGAGACGGCGGCAGCUUCUCCUGGUCUUUCUCUCCCUCAGCCCCGUUGCUUCUCUGAAGUCGACAGACCUCCUGCAGAGAUGGCUCGGCCCCCCGCCCUUGCCGAAGAUCGGAGAGGCGCGGCUCGGGCUCGGGCACCGUUCCGCGACCGAGCGCAUCGAGUUCGACCUCCAGGCCGACCCUGGCAGCCCUGGCAUUCGAGGAUCGGAUGUACCCUUCCGGGACGCUUUGCGAAACCAUCCAGAUUCAAGCCUGUGGAAACCUCAUCCUGAUCCAGUAGGGAUCUCCGCGGGCAUCGUGGUCUUCUUCUAUGCCGUCUAUUCCUUGUACAAAUACCAGCGCGAGGCCAACCGCAUCAUCAGCCUCUUUGAGGCCAACACCCAAAUCAAGGAACAAGAGGACGAAACUCUGCAAGCACUGCGAGAACGCCUCGAAUCUCUGCAGCUCGAGGAAGAAGAUUUGGUGUACCAGAUCGACACACUCGACAAGGCUUUCAAAACGCGAAAAGCUCCGCUGGCAGAAAACCUCCGACUCUUGCGUGAUGGCAUCCAUGACAAGGAGAUGGCCAUUUGGAAUUUGGACCAUGGAGAGGAAGAAGUGCUAGGUCCGAGGAGCCUGGCCUUCGUUCACGGUCAUGUCUUUGCGACGGUCUGCUCCCUGGUGAUCGUUGCUAACAUGGUUGUCAUGUUCGUGCAGUUCCAAGCCGAGGAGAAGCAGACGUGGUUCGCUUUAGCUGACAAUGGCUUCCUCGUCUUCUACUGCCUGGAGCUGGUCUUGAAGGCUCUUUUCUACCAGGGCGGCCUCCUCUUCGGCCGCUGCUCCACCGUAUGGUGGAAUUGGCUGGACCUGGUCAUCGUGGUCAGUGGUCUCCUCGAACAGGCUGUCUUGCCUCUUCUGGGGAGAGGCGGCCAUUUGAACCUCACCGGUCUCAGGGCUUUGCGGCUUUUGAGACUGGCGCGGGUGGCGCGUGGCCUCAAGCUUCUUCGAUUUCUGGUGGAGUCCGAUCUGUCUUGGACGCAACAUCCGGCCUUCGAGAGCUUUAUGAUGGGCAUGAUCGUCUUGAAUGCCAUCGUGAUGUGGCUGGAGCUGGACUACCCCGUGGCUUUUUGGGGGAUCCUGGAGCACGGGCUGCUGGUGAUCUAUUCCUUUGAGCUCACUGUCCGCGUCUGCUUCCACGGUUUCUGCGCCUACUUCGACCUCCGCCACGAGGACACGACCUGGCACUACCUCGACUUCGUCAUCGUCAUGCUCGGCGUCUUUGAGCAGUGGAUGAUCCCAUCUUACCAGUAUCUGCGGGGACUGAUUCUGGGUCCCAGUCACGCCUCUACAGUCUCGAUGCCUGUUGUCCGAAGCUUGCGGGUGGCCCGUGUCUUCCGAGUUCUACGCCUCGCUCGCUUGCUGAGGAGUGUAAAGCAGCUUUACAAGCUCAUCAAUGGCGUGGUGCAAUCGCUCGCAAGUGUCGGAUGGGUAAUUCUUCUCACGUUCUUGCUGCUGUAUUCUGCUGCUCUGGUGUUCACCUCCUUAGUAGGGCAGGGGUACAUUUACAACGAUCCUGACGAGAUGCCCGAAGAAGCUGUCCAAUACUUCGGAACGGUCUGGCGUUCUUUCUUGGCGCUCUUCAAGCUGAUGAACGACGACCAGUCAGUGGUUGCCCCCAUCAUCACCACGAUAACUGGUCAGAUCUUGUUUUAUGCGUUUAUGAUGCUCUCUAAUUGGAUGAUGCUUGCGAUAUUGACUUCUGUAGUGUCGGACAACAUGAUGUCGGCAAGUCGAGUGAAGGAGGAGGAGGACCGGAAAAAAGCCUUCGAGGAGGACCAGCAGCGGGCCAAGCGGCGGAUCCAACAGAUUUUCCACGAGCUGGACGAAGAUCAGAACGGCUCCAUCUCUGAGCAGGAGAUGGUGACACUCCUUUCCGACCCAAAUCUUCAGGCAGAGCUCUGCGAAGCUUCCCGUCUUCACCCGGCGGAUUUAGUCGAGAUGCUCUACUGCAGCAGUUACCGAACGCCCUCGAACGAGAGAGUCAUCCUCUACCGCCAGUUCCUGACAAUGCUGCAGGACGAAUCCGGGCAAGCGAAGGAGCGAUCUAUCUUCAAGGUCUUGGAAAGCAUGAGGGCCAUGGAGUUCCGACUGGAGAAGCGCCUGAACGCCGCGCUCCAGUACUUGAACGUCUCACCCGAAGAGGUGGAUGGAUUGCCUUCGCUGAAUCAAGAGCUGGAGCGCACACGAGAGCUGGAGGAUUCUCCAGCGCGCUCCCUCGCCAAGCAUCUCUCGCGAUCAAGGGAGCUCUCCGAGAAGGCAGCACGCGGAGAGCCUUUGCCGAGCAUCGUGGUCAUCAGAGGCCACAUUGGAGCUGAUGGUGGCGACGUCUGCACGGUCUCAACAGGAAUUCAUGGUCUCAGGGAGCGCAUCGGUGAGAUUGAGCAGCCAAAGAAUGCGUGGAUCGAAAUUGCUCGACAGGCGAAGUCUGAUCCGCAGCUGCGUGGGGUGGCCGAUGCCGUGGUGCAGCGGACGGGCGUGGAUGCCGACGACGUGCCCGAGGUGCCGGAGCCCGGAGAUCCCUACGCCAGGCAAAGCAAGAACCGCGGCGAGGGAUCCCUGGUGGUUGCUGAGAUCCUCGUGGCCAGGAUCUGUGCGAAACAUCAAAGUGUCCGGCGGGAGAAGACCACGAAGAGGGUGACCAUCAAGCGCCCUCGCAGAAAUGAGAGCUACAACUGUUUCCACGGAAGGCGGGUGUCCGACAGACUCCACAUCAUCGAUUUGGACGGCAAUCGGGCCGACAUCGAGUUGCCACCUGCUGAUGCAGUGGGCCUUGCAGGCCGAAACGAAUGA